UGUCUACAGAUGUAAUGAUCGGAGCUUCCAGGAAUACUAUUCCAGUAACCAAUUUUAUCAUGUACUGUUUUUGCCCGUCAGAUCCAACAUCUGCCAGCUUAAGCCCUGAAACGAACUCGCUUUUGUAAACUUGAAUCCUUCUCUAGUAAUCCCAUCAUACGAUGGCAAGGAAAAUGUACCUCACCAACAGCUAUGAAGGAACCAUGGUCCUCCGUCAGUGACAUCUUCCAUUCAUCAAGACAAUCCAGUUCAGAAUCAAUCAGACUUCAUCUUCCCAAACAACCACCAUGCACUUCUUCAGGGCUUUUCUUCCUGUCGCCCUCGUGGCAGCCCCCUUCUUUGCUACUCCCGCUCCUGUUGAGGGGGUUAGGAAAGCAGCAUCGACGACGUCAAACAUUCUUCAAACUAGAAAGCCCGCGUUGUCAGUUUCUCCUCUUUAACAUCCCAAUAUCCAUGAUAGCUAACACCAUCCAAUCCGAGUGGGUUACCUACCGACCCACCAACAACGAAUCCGGUACCCGAUCCUUCAGAGUCAACACGGCCGAUGCAAGCCAGCACAAUUCACAGAUAAUGAAAGAAAUGAAGAAAAGAAAGCGGUAGUUUGCUAUGAUGGAUAUCCGAAGUUUUGGAUAUUCCAAGAUCUAUAUAGUAAGCCCGCGAAGCAAGGGCGCCAUUAGAUUAGGCCCCAGACCACUGUUUUCUGCAUCCUGCAUGUUCGACACCCGCUGAGA